GCCGCCAUUACAGAGAGCCGAGCUCCGGAGCUAGGGCGAACGGAGGAGGAAGAGGAGGCACAGCGGCCGGCGGCCGAGCAUUGCGGAGAGAGCCGGCGGGGGUUAGCGCCAGCGCCUAACAGCCGUCAGGGUCCCCCCCCCACCCGAAGUACUCCGGGAACCGGCGGCGGCGGCGUGUGCGUGUGGCCCGUGUGCGGGCGGCGGCGCGGGAGCAGCGCGGAGCGGCAGCCGGUUCGGGCGUGUGGCAUCAUGGACGAGAAGGUGUUCACCAAGGAGCUGGACCAGUGGAUCGAACAGCUGAACGAGUGCAAGCAGCUGUCCGAGUCCCAGGUCAAGAGUCUCUGCGAGAAGGCUAAAGAAAUCCUGACAAAAGAAUCCAAUGUACAAGAGGUUCGAUGUCCAGUCACUGUCUGUGGAGAUGUGCACGGGCAAUUUCACGAUCUCAUGGAACUGUUUAGAAUUGGUGGAAAAUCACCAGAUACAAAUUACUUGUUUAUGGGAGAUUAUGUUGACAGAGGAUAUUAUUCAGUUGAAACAGUCACACUGCUUGUAGCUCUUAAGGUUCGUUACCGUGAACGCAUUACCAUUCUUCGAGGGAAUCAUGAGAGCAGACAGAUCACACAAGUUUAUGGUUUCUAUGAUGAGUGUUUAAGGAAAUAUGGAAAUGCAAAUGUUUGGAAAUAUUUUACAGAUCUUUUUGACUAUCUUCCUCUCACUGCCUUGGUGGAUGGGCAGAUCUUCUGUCUACAUGGAGGUCUCUCACCAUCCAUAGAUACACUGGAUCACAUUAGAGCACUUGAUCGCCUACAGGAAGUUCCCCAUGAGGGUCCAAUGUGUGACUUGCUGUGGUCAGAUCCAGAUGAUCGUGGUGGUUGGGGUAUAUCUCCUCGUGGAGCUGGUUACACCUUUGGGCAGGAUAUUUCUGAGACAUUUAAUCAUGCCAAUGGCCUCACGUUGGUGUCUAGAGCUCAUCAGUUGGUGAUGGAGGGAUAUAACUGGUGCCAUGACCGGAAUGUAGUAACAAUUUUCAGCGCUCCUAACUAUUGUUAUCGUUGUGGUAACCAAGCUGCAAUCAUGGAGCUUGAUGACACUCUAAAAUAUUCUUUCUUGCAGUUUGAUCCAGCACCUCGUAGAGGCGAGCCACAUGUGACUCGUCGCACCCCAGACUACUUCCUGUAAUGAAAAUUUAAACUUGUACAGUAUUGCCAUGAACCAUAUAUUGACCUAAUGGAAAUGGGAAGAGCAACAGUAACUCCAAAGUGUCAGAAAAUAGUUAACAUUCAAAAAACUUGUUUUCACACGGACCAAAAGAUGUGCCAUAUAAAAAUACAAAGCUUCUUGUCAUCAACAGCCGUGACCACUUUAGAAUGAACCAGUUCAUUGCAUGCUGAAGCGACAUUGUUGGUCAAGAAACCAGUUUCUGGCAUAGCGCUAUUUGUAGUUACUUUUGCUUUCUCUGAGAGACUGCAGAUAAUAAGAUGUAAACAUUAACACCUCGUGAAUACAGUUUAACUUCCAUUUAGCUAUAGCUUUACUCAGCAUGACUGUAGAUAAGGAUAGCAGCAAACAAUCAUUGGAGCUUAAUGAACAUUUUUAAAAAUAAGUACCAAGGCCUCCCCUUGUGAGUUUUGAAAUUGUUUUGUUUAUUUUCAGGGAUACCGUUUAAUUUAAUUGUAUGAUUUGUCUGCACUCAGUUUAUUCCCUUCUCAAAUCUCAGCCCUAUGUUGUUCUUUGUUACUGUCAGAACCUGGUAAGUUGUUUUGAACAGCUGUUUUCCCCCUCCUGUAAGAUGUUACUGCACAAGAGCACUGCAGUGUUUUUCAUAAUAAACUUGUGAACUAAGAACUGA